AUGCCUCUCGAUGUGGAGGAGAUCCUAAGAAAAAAGAAAGCGGCCGAUGCUGCUGCCGCCAAACCCAGAUUCAUCCCCAAGGCCGAACGCGAGCGACUAGCCGCCGAGAAGGCGAAGCAGGAAGAAGAAGAAAAGAAGCGCAAGACGAUUGACGAUUCACAAAAGCGACGAGAAGAGGAAAAGAAAUGGGAAGCCCGCGCAAAUGGCCUGCAAGUCUCGAACGGCGCCCCCAACGGCACUGUCGCUCCUCCUACAGGUCCCAGAGCCAUGAACCAGGCGUCUGGCGGCAGGGGGCGCGAUGGGCGAGAAGGGAGGGAUGGCAAGAAGAACUCAAAGGCCGAAAACGCCAAGCGCUCGGCGGCGGAGAUUGAGGAUUCGUUACUUCGGUCGCGAUACCUCGGACCGGAAGUCAACAAGCAGUCCAACUUUUCAGCCAAGAAGAAGCGCAUGCGGACGACAGAGAAGAAGUUCAACUUUGAAUGGGACGUCGAUGAGGACACAUCUAGAGAUAACGACCCGUUAUAUACGAGCCAGAGCGUCAACAGAGGUGGCUCGCUGGCUGGCGUUGGUGGCGAGUUUGACGAAGAGGCCGAGCAGCGGGCGCGCAAGCGAGCGAGGAUGAUUGAGCAGCGCGAUCUAGAGCACGGAAAAGAGCGAGCCAAGGGUAUCAUGGAAGACUUCUACAGAGCGCGCGCCAGGGCAAAGGAGAGGGCGGAAAGGACGGGUCUGGGACGGCACUGGUCGGACAAGGACCUCAACGAGAUGCGGGAGCGAGACUGGCGCAUCUUCAAGGAGGACUUUGGCAUUUCCACAAAGGGCGGCGCCAUCCCGAACCCAAUGCGCAGCUGGGGGGAAUCCGGACUGCCGCGGCGGUUGCUUGACAUUGUCGACAAGGUCGGCUACAAGGAACCUUCUGCUAUUCAGCGUGCCGCCAUCCCCAUUGCCUUGCAGGCCCGCGAUCUCAUUGGCGUUGCCGUCACGGGUUCCGGUAAAACUGCUGCUUUCCUGCUGCCUCUGCUGGUGUACAUCUCCGACCUGCCGCCCCUGACGGAAGCCAACAAGAACGAUGGUCCGUAUGCGCUCAUCAUCGCGCCCACUCGUGAACUGGUGCAGCAGAUUGAGACCGAAGCUAGGAAAUUCGCCGAGCCUCUCGGCUUCAGAUGUGUCAGCAUCGUCGGUGGACACUCUCUAGAAGAACAAGUCUUUGCCCUCCGCAACGGUGCAGAAAUCAUCGUCGCUACGCCGGGUCGUCUCGUGGACUGUAUUGAGCGAAGGCUGCUCGUCUUGGUGCAGUGUUGUUACAUCAUCAUGGACGAAGCCGAUCGCAUGAUCGAUCUCGGCUUCGAAGACUCGGUCAAUAAGAUCCUCGACGCUCUACCCGUGACCAACGAGAAGCCAGACACAGACGAGGCGGAAAACGCCCAGCUGAUGAAGCGAUACGUGGGUAAAGACCGCUACAGACAGACCAUGAUGUACACGGCUACUAUGCCCCCCUUGGUCGAAAAGAUUGCAAAGAAGUAUCUCCGCCGCCCCGCCAUAGUCACAAUCGGUAACGCUGGCGAAGCCGUCGACACCGUCGAGCAGCGCGUCGAGUUCAUCGCCGGCGAGGACCGGCGCAAGAAGCGCCUCCAGGAGAUCCUCGGCUCGGCCGCCUACGCGCCACCCAUCAUCGUCUUCGUCAACAUCAAGCGCAACUGCGACGCCGUUGCCCGCGACAUCAAGUCUAUGGGAUGGUCCGUCGUCACACUGCACGGUUCCAAGACGCAGGAGCAGCGAGAGGCCGCCCUGGCGUCUGUCCGCUCGGGUCAGACUCAGGUCCUCGUCGCUACGGAUCUUGCUGGUCGUGGUAUCGACGUGCCGGAUGUUUCUCUCGUCAUCAACUUCAACAUGGCGACGAAUAUCGAGAGCUACACCCAUCGUAUCGGUCGUACUGGUCGUGCUGGAAAGAGCGGUGUGGCUAUUACCUUCUUGGGCAACGAGGACUCAGAUGUGCUGUAUGAUCUCAAGCAGAUCUUGAGCAAGAGCUCAAUCUCCAAAGUGCCGGAUGAGCUUAGAAGACAUGAAGCGGCGCAGUCGAGACCAGUUCGCGGCGGAGCUGGCAAGAAGGAUGAGGCUGCCGCUUCUGAGGGCAGCAAGGGAGGAGGCGGCAAGGGAACCUGGUGA